CUCUACAAGUCUGCGACGGAGGAACUAAAAUUGUCCACAACCAGAAAGAGAAAGUAUACGUCAAUUUGGUUCAAAAUCUGUUGACGGCUUCUACUCCCUCUUCUCCUUCUCUAUCACCAUCACAUGGCAAGCACCAGUCCACCAAUCACAACAACUACAAUCGCAAAACUGAAGCAAGGAUCACUUCUAUGGUGUUAUGGUUUCAAAGAGGCAUGUUGCCUUCACAGGGUCGUUAUCUUGUGUUACAGGUCCAGAGACCUCUUAAUCCGAACUGGUCAAUGUUCCCUCUUUAACGGAUUCAUUUUUCUGGGCAGUGUAUCUAUUCUGAAAUUAUUUCUCUUUCCCAUGCUGCAAUGGCUAUUGCCUGAUCAGUGCCCUCAUAUUGUAUAUGAAGAAGUAUGCAGAUAUGGAGUAAUUUUGAGUCUCUAUUCAUCACUGCGGAAACUUCUGAUACAACUCAUCUAUCUAUUGUGGUUCUAUCCAUUGUAUGUGUUCAGCGUCAUACUCAGCAGUAUCUGGUACAAUGAUGUAGCUAAGCAUGGGUUUGUUGCAAUGGGGAAAGAUAAGCCUCCAGCAGCAGUGAUGACUGGUGAAAAAGAGGCAUCAAUCACGCAAACUGGUUCCGACAAACCUGCUGGCCUGGGAGGGAUCAUGAUUGGAAUAGGUGAGCAGGUCUACUCUGCCCUCCUCCUCAGCUUCUUCUUUCUGGAGGUUAUUGCCACUGGUUUCAUACCAUAUGCUGGGAAAGCACUCAAUUUCUUGCUUCUUUCCUGGAUGUACGCUUAUUACUGUUUCGAGUACAAAUGGAAUCUUUCCGGAGUGACUCUUGACAGGAGGCUGGACUUCUUUGAAUCCAAUUGGGCAUUUUUUGCUGGUUUUGGAAGCCCGUGUGUGCUGGCAAUUUUCUUUUUUCCCCCUCUGGAGAGCUAUGCUGUCAUGGCCACUCUUUUUCCUCUGUUUGUUCUGACAGCAACAGGGUCAGAUGCUGAUAAUCUAGUAACUUCACCAAGGAAGCAGUGGCUUGGUGCAGGAUUAGGAAGGGUUCCUAUAUUUUGUGGUGCUGAUACUGUCUCGAUGAAGGUCUUGUCUUUCCUUCCGCUUAGGCAACAGUUGCACAACCAAGGAGAGAAGGCACUUUAAGAAGCUCUUUAGUAAUUGACUUGUGUCAAGUGAUAACAGUUUAUUUCAAUUUGGAGGAAUUUGCGAGUGGCUUUUUGUGUUCAUGCUCAUUCAAUUAUUCUUUUCCCUUACCUGCUUUACGUCGUGUAAGGUUUCCUAUUAUUCUUGUAUUUCUAGUUUUCCCUGGGGACAGAAAUUUUAUUGCUCAUUUGGUAAGAUAGCUCAAUUGUACAGGCAUUCACGAUAGCUUUCUUGUAUAGUUUAGAGCUUUUGUGAAGCAGCAGUUGGUACCUUCUAGUUUAACGCUUUCUGGGUAUUAGUUUGUUCUAAUGAAUACUCUUAAUGCUUUAAGUUUAAACAAGACUCAGUUGAGUGACUUUCAUCCAUGUCUUUAGAUUUAUUUUAUUCGUGUUAUUUGUGUUU